UUUAAAAGCCCACUGUUCGACCGUUCCGAUGCUCAGUUCAGUUCAACGGUUUGGCGUUGAAGGAAGGUUAUCGUGGAGUUUGUUUUUUGUUCGGGGCUUGUAGAGAAACAGAGAGUUCGAGUCUGUGCUUGACAGUGAUCGUGCCGUGAUCGUGUAGUGCAAAGCGAAUUCUCGUGCUAAUUAAAAGAACAAGGAAAAAGACAGCGGAAACGAUGCGGAUUCCAGUGUUUUUAGUGCUGUUAAGUGCAUUUUUGGGCGGCAGCCAGGCACUGCAGGUGAAAACGGAUCCAGCGGAAGAGGUGGUCGUCGUUGAGGGACAGAAAAAUGUGAACUUGCUGUGUCUGAUCGAUGAGCCCAUGGAUUUCUGCAUCGUGAAACUUCCGGGAGCUCCAGCACCCUUCGCAGCGAGUGACAAACUGCCGGCACCGGUCGAAGGCAUCACGUACUACGGGCUGCCGUGGAGCAGUGGUUCCUGCGGUAUCACGAUCGACACCAUCAAACCGAUCCACGACGGUCCGUUCGAGUGCACGGUGUCCGUUAAGGGCCAGACGUACAAGGGCCAGAUCAAUAUAGCGCUCUCAGGUGAAGCAGUUGCGCCCGAGCCGCCGGUGAUCGAGCUAGCGAGCAACGUGGACAGUCGUAACGGCGAGUUCGAGUUCGGCAAGAAGGUCACCAUGAAGUGUAUCUCGCGGAAUGGCUGGCCCGGCGCUAAGCUGUCCUGGUACCUGGACGGUGUGAAGCUGACGGAAGAUGUUGGUGCCGAGUUCUCGGAGACAUCGAACCGUCGCACGACCGUGCAGCAGAUCUAUCGUCGUGCGAUCGCCGUGGAAGAUAACCGGAAGAAGGUGACAUGCCGCGCGGAGCAUACCGCUUACCCAGGUGACUUUAUGGAGACGAGCUUGCCGAUCAAGCUGAAGAAAGUGUACACCAAUGAAAAGCCUGAAGUACAAAAGGAAGAGCUGAAGGAGUCGGUCAAACCCAAACCACCGCAGCUAACCGUUUCGAGUGUCGUGGCGCAGCGGAAUGGUGCAUUCAAGGUGGGAAGCAAUCUGGUGGUGCAGUGCGUCUCAAAGGAUGGCAAUCCUCCGGCCGGAUUCCUGUGGUUCCUCAACGAUCAACUGAUUUACGAAGGCCUAUCAGCCCCAUUCACUAGUAAAUCGAGCCGAGGAAGCACAGUACAGCAGACGCUUACCCUGCCGCUCAAGCAGACCGACGAUGGAAAGGUCCUGAUCUGCAAAGCACGCCACCCGGAGGGAAGCGAAGAGACACGACUAAAGAUCAGCACCUAUAACUAAAAGCCUGGAGCUCUCUACUCAAUGCAGCACAAUUGCGCCGGAAAAAUAUGUUUCUCACAAUCAUUUGAUUAUGUUUUGUUUACAGCUUGUGUUUUAUAAAAAGUGUCAUUAAACUGUUAUGAUUUAAUUUA